AUGUGCCUUACUCCGCGAUGUGCAGAUAAAUGUGUUAAUUGUACUGUAGAUAAACAAGCAUGUAUUUAUGUGGGAGAGCCCGGAAAUCUUCGAUGUGUCAGGUGUAAAGAACUGAAGAAAUGGUGCUGUUUCCGAUGUAUUAAAUGUGAAAGAAAAAAAGAAAAAAGAGAAAGCUUUAGACCGUGUGAACUUUGUGUAAUGACUAUUAUUGAUCCUACUGAAAAAUAUACCAUUCAUAGAGUGGAAAAAUAUUAUUUACAAUGUUCUAAUGAUUGUAAAAUUGAAAUCACUCCUGAUUUUGCUCAGAAUAUUAUUUCUAAUUCAAACCAACAAUCAAUAACUUUUGCAUCUACACCCGUUUGUUCCGUUGGAAGUGUUUCAUUACCAUCUCCAUCUCAACAAUAUGAGCCAACUACUCCCACGUUUUCAAACUAUGAAUUCUCGAAUACUUUUCCAUUCAAUUCUAUUACUGAGACCUCCUUUUGUAAUCCAUCUGAAUAUGGAGCUAUUCACGCUGGGCUCGUCAAUGAUAACUCCCCGAAUAAUUCGCAUUACGCCAUUACUCCACUUCGAUAUGAACAAUCUCAACCUAAUGCGCAAGAUAAUACCUUUGUAUCAACUAUAUCAAACUAUAAUCUUUUACCAUCGUCUUAUGGGUCUGACUAUUAA